GAGCUUUAGAGCGUGACACCCAACGGAAGUAAACAGUAGCAGCUAGCAGCAUUAGCUGGCUGUGUGUAAUGAAUGAAGUGAAGACGGUACUGAGUCACAGCGCAGCUCAUUAUUGAACGAGUAAUUAAAGAAGAAUGAGUUCAGUUGAGAGUUUGAGAGAGUUUGUCAACGAGCGACUAACUGCUGCUGCUGAAGAAAUAUUCAGAGUUUUUAAAACAACUAUCGUCCAGUACGAGGAAGAGAUCGAUCGGCAGCGCGUCAUGCUGGAUAUCUGCUGGAAACCCCAAGUAAAGUUACACAGGAUAGAGCUCCCACAGCAACAUGUCUGUAAGGAGGAGGAGGUUCUGGCUGACCAGCAGCUCUGUAACCAGGAGAGGAACUCCAGUCUGGACCAAGAGGACCCAGAGCCUCCAGAGAUUAAAGAGGAACAGGAGGAACUCUGCACCAGUCAGGAGGGAGAGCAGCUUGUACUGAAGGUGGAGACGGAUACCGUCAUGUUGACUCAAGCUUAUGAGGAAAGUGGCCACAGUGAAGCAGAACCAACAAGUGACCACCAGCUCCUCUCUAACAACUCUCAUGUAGCUGAGAGCCGAGACCAGAAAGGAGGAAAACCUGGAGACUCAGGAUCAACUGGAGAUGGAGGGCCGAAGAAAAAGAAAAGACAUCGCGGAAAAAAAAAAAACUCUACCUCAUCAGACAUUCAACAUAACACUCACCCAGGUGAAAAGUCUUUCAACUGUGACACAUGUGGAAAGACUUUAAAGUUCAAGUCCCUAUUGAAGUCACACCUAAGAACCCACACAGAUCCCCUCUCCUUGUCCGUGUGGGUUCCUCCUCCUCCUUCGCCAUACCCCUGCUGGAUUUGUUAGCCUCUGCUGAAUGACCUCCCGCACAAGACUGUUACUUUGCCUCACUCUGUGUCGAGUCCUGCUUUUGAGUUCACACCACUGUUCUUGCCCAGUCGUGAUAAUAGUUUAAAGUUUAAUCAACAAAUUAUUGUUGAACUUUUGUUUUAUUUUGGUGUGACAGUAUAAUGGACCAUAUUCUGUUUAACAACCUGCCAUAAACAAGGUUUUUGAUGUGCAAAAGUCAUAUUCUGAAACUGAUAAGUCAACUGUGUCAUGAUGUUACUCUUUUUUAGUUAAGUCAGAAGUAUCUUUAGAGUUGUCCAUUUUGAUUCCAGUUUUAUGAAGUUUAUAUCAUCUUGGGCAGUGUUUCAUAUCAGUACUGUAAUAUGUGUAUGAAGGACUGAGAGGGUUAAAAGCUCUGAAUUUGGGAGUUCCUUAUUUAACAGUAUCACUGGAUUCAUACAAAGGAUAAUGAACAAUGGAAAUGUUACUUUUCACACUAUUUGUUUGAUUAUUGUGUGUUUUUUAAUUUCUUAUUGUACCAUAUUUGUCAUUGAAGGUUUAAAGUUACACUUUGGAUUUUA